AUUAUCAAUAGUGUAUAAUUAUAACUCGUGUUUAUUAAAGUGUGAGGACGUAUUAGUAUUUAUUUAGUGAACUGUGAGUGCAAUAUAAUAAAAGAAAACAAAUAUUUCGUCAUGAAUUCUAUAAAACCUACAAUAGAAGAAAUACAUUUUUGUAUGAACGAUCCGAAUUGUAUAAGAAAUGUAUGUAUAUUAGCUCAUGUCGAUCACGGAAAAACAACUGUUGCUGAUUCUCUUUUAGCUACAAAUCGCUUGGUUAGUAAACGAAUGGCGGGGUUUCUUCGUUACUUAGACGAUAGACCAGACGAGCAACAACGUGGAAUUACGAUGAAAAGUAGUACCGUUUCGCUAUUAAAUCUAGUACAAGACGACGAUAAUAAUUAUAAAAAAAUUUUAUUAAACCUCGUCGAUACACCGGGUCAUAUAGAUUUUUCGACUGAAGUAGGAGCAGCUCUGAGGGUGUGCGACGGUGCUAUCAUUCUAGUAGAUCUAGUUGAAGGUGUUUGUGUACAAACAAGGGAAUCGAUAAAGAAUGCUUUCAAAGAACAUGCGAAAAUGAUAUUAGUGUUGAAUAAAUUCGAUCGGUUGAUAGUGGAAUUAAAAAAAUCAAUAGAUGAAAUAUUUCAAUGUAUUUUAAGAGUUAUAGAAGACUGCAAUGCCACCAUAGCUGAAGUAUAUCAAUACGAGUUUAAUAGUAGUGAAAUCGACAUAGAAGAUACAGGAUUGUUAUUCAGUCCUGAUAGCGGUAAUGUGAUAUUCGCUAGUGCAGUAGACGGUUGGGGUUUCACUACGGAACAAAUAGCUAAAUUAUUCGUUAAUUUAGUUAAAGGUGAGACAGUGGAUUCUUUAAAUAAAAAAAUUUGGAAUUUCGAUUGCUACAUUAAUUCAACAAAGGAGAUCAAAACUGGGGCCGUUGAUAAGAAGAAAUGUAAUUUAUUUAUACAAUUUUGUUUAAAAACCAUUGUACAUAUAUACGAAAGUCUCAUAUUAAGAAUGGAGAAAGAUAAAAUUAGUAAAAUACUGGAAAAAUUGAAUAUUACAACAAUAACUAGAGAUAUGACUCACAAUGAUCCUAAAGUACAAGUUAGAGCUAUAUUACAAGCUUGGAAACCUCUAGCUUACACUAUAUUAUUACAGUGUUUAAAAAAAAUACCUUCGCCUUGUAAUAUUGGCAACAACAAGAUCGAAUACCUACUUUCUGUUAAUAGAUUUUGCGAAGAUCAAUAUCUUAGUAAAUGCAUUGAAAAUGUAAGACCUAACUUCGAGGAUAUUUCUAAUAAAACGAAUGUUACUUCGAUAUCUUAUGUAUCGAAAAUGUUUUGUACGAGCAAAAGAAACCUAUCGCAGAACAAACCUAAAGCCUUCGUACCAAGAACAGAAAAAACUAUAACAAAACCUGAAGUUAUACAACAAACUUCCAACGAUAACAACGAUGAUGUUGCAGUUAUAGCUCUAGCCAGAGUUUUCACCGGGAAUCUCCAUGUGGGUCAAGAGAUGUACGUUCUUAAUAGAUCGUACCUACCAGAUCAAGUCGAAAUCGAAACAGACCCGAUUAAAUUCGUAGAAAAUAAUCCUAAUGUUACUAAAGUUACAAUUACAGAGUUGUAUAUGCUUUUCGGAAGGGAAUUAACUCUAGUGGAUUCGAUACCUGCCGGUAACUUAUGUGGUAUCGGGAAUUUGGAAUCUUGUGUUAUAAGAACUUCAACUUUAUCUUCAAGUUUAAACGUCGUGCCUUUAGUGGAACAUACGAGGUUAGAUCCGGUAGUAAGACACGCUAUCGAACCUGUGAAUCCCAAGGAGCUGCCGUUGCUCCGUCAAGGAUUGAAAUUUUUAUUGCAGAGUGAUUCUUGCGUGGAAGUUAUAAUGCAGGAGACCGGGGAACUAGUCCUGCUCACGGCGGGCGACGUGCAUUUGGAAAAAUGCAUCGAGGAUCUGAAAAAUAAAUUCGCCAACAUCGAUAUACACGUAUCGAGCCCGAUGGUGUCUUUAAGAGAAACCGUUGUAGAAAAAGGUGAUAAUUUUUUGGAGGAUAGCGAAAAUACGGUUAAUUUGGACACGGAAUAUUUUUCUUUAUCGGUUAUUGCGGUAUCAGUUCCCGACGGUAUUUUGGAGGUUAUUGGGAAUAAUUACGAUUUUUUGAAGAUGGUCGAGGAGCAUCAAUAUAAAAGUUUCAUCGAUAUCGCUAAAUCGUACGGGAAUAUAAGUAGCGGAGAUAAAAUAGCGGAAAAAUCGUUUAAAAGUAGCGUGACCAAAAAGACAUUAAAGCAUAUAACGAAUCAGUUAAAGGCGGCGUUUUCUCACUCGUUUUGGAAGGAUUUGCAUACGAAAAUAUGGAGCGUGGGUCAAUCGGAUACCUUUAUAAACCUCUUAAUAAACACCACGGACACUUACAACCGAAAUAUAUUUUUCGAAUUGAAUACUUGCGAUAAAAGAUCGUUAUUUGAUCACUGUAUUACCAAAGCCUUCAAUAAUAUAUGUAAAGCCGGUCCAUUGUGCGAAGAACCUUUAUCCAACUGUGUAUUUAUAGUGAAAAAAUUCGAACUGAACGCCGACGUUAAACUAGAAGAUAUUUCACCUCAAACAACGUCGAGUAUCGAAUCGAAUAUUCGCGAAUUAUUUAAAAGGGCGUUGGAAAAACGGGAACAACGCCUAAUGGAACCUAUUUACGUGACGGAAAUACAAGUUAAUCCCAGUAUUUUGGGUAAAGUUUACACCGUAGUGAAUAAACGACACGGGAAAAUACUCGACAGCGUCGGUAUGGAUGACGACGAAAGGGUGUUUCUAGUCAAAGCGCAGAUACCUGUUAUAGAAAGCCGGGACUUCGCUUGUGAUAUUAGGAAAACCACGUCCGGGCAAGCCAAUCCAACGUUGAGGUAUAGUCAUUAUGAAAAAAUUGAUGGUGAUCCCUUCUAUGAACCAGUUGAAGAUGAUGAUGAAGAAGACGCAGAAAUCAAUGUCGAAUCGGCGUUAAGAGCUUGUAGGUUAAGGAAAGAAAUUAGGAGACGUAAAGGCUUACACGUGGACGACGAAGUUGUUAUUCAUGCUGAAAAACAAAGAACUCUGAAUAAAAAGAAAUAGUACUCGA